AUGAUGGAAUCUAGUCUAUUCAGAUUCCUCUCCUGUACCCCCUCACCAUCUUUCAUAUACCUACAUCACCCCCAUCACCCCUCCACUUCCCUCCCUCCCCUUCCUUCAGAUGGUGCCAUAGCCAAACUCGAUGCGGUCGAGCACAACACACCCCGAUUACUACUCUCUGGCAUUCUCAAUAAACUUGGACAAGAAGAAGAAGUCAAUACAUUUGACGGAUUCGCAAUUCGUUUACGUUCUUGGUGGAAUGACAGAUCACACAGAGGAAAAGGUAAAGGUAAAUCCAAGACUAAAAUAAAUGGACAUACCAGUGGAUACGAUGGAUAUGAUGUAGACGAGGAGCAGGUGAUCAUCAUGAUUACGAAAGCAGAAAGAUUGAGAUUGGUCUUGGGUAAUGGCUGGUCCAUCAUAACUCGUUUAGCAGAACUCACGGGAGUGCCUAUCACAGUGGUAUUAUGUUCAUCAUCACCUUGGGAUCAUGUAAGACCAAUACGUGGAGAUGCGUUUGAACCUGUACAUAUAUAUCUCCCACCGCCAAGUAAAGAAGAAAUCCUAUCUGAACUACUACCAUGCUCGAGACACCCACUAUGGCCUAGAUUUCUAGAUUUGUUAUUAUCAACAAUAUUACCAAUUUGUUCACCACCAACAUCGGAAAUUCAUUACAUAUCAAUGUCACUUUGGCCUAUCUACACAGCUAAUUUACCACCUCAUUCCUCGAUGAACCAUCUCAAUCUGUCAUAUCCCAAAUCUAGUGUCAAUCCUCCAAGGGAAUUAGAUAUCACCAUCAAAUUACUAACAGAUCUGAAACACCAACUGUCAUUAUCAUUAGCUGCAUCAAUCGAGAACCUUUUACCUAGAUUAACAGGUACCCAUGAAUUCAAAAAUGCGUUAUUGCCACGCGUUCGAUCGACGAGAACUCUACCUAAACCACCUUCAAUGGAACUGAGUUUAGUGGAAAAGUUCUUGUUAAUAGCUGGAUAUGCAGGUUCUUAUAAUCCACCUAAAAGUGAUAUUAGAUUAUUUGGUAGAGGCGCAGGUGAACAUGGUAAAAGGAAAAAAGGUGGUGGAACAAGAAGAGCAGGAUAUGGUAGAACUAGAAUUGGAAAGGUUCCGCAGAGGUUAUUAGGACCAAAACCAUUCCCUAUAGAUCGGCUUUUAUCUCUCUUCUCGUCCUUAUACGCCGAACACGCUUCAAGACCCGAAGAUCUUCAAGCUGCUUUAGGAGGUGAAAGCUCCUCAGAAGAAGAUGAGUUUGAUUGGUUACCUACAGUAGCUGAACAAGCUGCUAAAGUAGAAAAGAAACGGAAAAGGGAAAGUGAAAGAGAGAAACAAUGGGAUGAAAACGUUGAUGAAUUGGCAAUGAGCACGAAACUUUGGGGCUUAAUACCGCAACUCGAAUCGCAAGGACUGAUGAAAAGAAUAUCACCCUCAGACAGACUAGAUAAUAUCAUGUUGAGGUGUGAAAUCGACUAUGAGACUGCUAAAAGUAUAGCAAAGGAACUGAAAAUCACUUUGGAUGAGUAUUUGUAUGAAGCUUCCAUGUGA